AUGGGUUCCAACCUGCCACCACAACCAAAUCUUCGGGUCACCAUUAUUGCGGCGGAUGGGUUAUACAAGCGAGAUGUGUUCCGGUUUCCAGAUCCCUUCGCUGUGGCCACCGUCGGGGGUGAGCAAACCCACACGACGUCCGUGAUCAAAAAGACGCUGAACCCCUACUGGAAUGAAAUGUUUGAUCUCCGAGUCAACGAAGACAGUAUCCUCGCCAUCCAGAUAUUCGACCAGAAGAAGUUCAAGAAGAAGGACCAGGGUUUCCUCGGUGUUAUCAAUGUGCGGAUCGGAGAUGUGAUAGAUCUACAGAUGGGUGGCGACGAAAUGCUCACCCGAGAUCUGAAGAAAUCCAACGAUAAUCUUGUCGUGCACGGAAAGCUGAUCAUCAACCUGUCCACCAACCUCAGCGCACCCAUCCCUAAUCAGGCCAAUGGCCUCCACCGCUCACAUGCCCAGUCCUCGACCUCCAGUGGGCUCGUCCCGCAGGUCUCGUCUGCUUCGCACCCAUCUGCCACACCCAGUCAAGCGGAACCGUCCGCCACUGCGUUGAAUGCGUCUCUUCACCCGCAACGAGUGCCCUCAACCACCCGACCGACCAGCACCGUCGGCCCGGUAAAUGGCGCCCCACCCCCUGCAAAUGCCCCCCACGGCUCUCGCACCAAUCUCAGCUCAUUUGAGGACAGCCAGGGUCGCCUGCCAGCCGGCUGGGAGCGACGGGAGGAUAACCUGGGACGGACCUACUAUGUGGAUCACAACACGCGGACCACCACCUGGACUCGGCCAUCAUCAAACUACAACGAGCAAACACAGCGCACGCAACGGGAGGCUAACAUGCAGCUGGAGCGUCGCGCUCACCAGAGCCGGAUGCUGCCGGAAGACCGCACGGGAGCCAACUCGCCGAACCUGCCCGAGAGCCAGCAGCAGCAGGCCCAUACCCCGCCGGCCGGUGGCAGCGCUAGUGCUGUGUCCAUGAUGGCCACGGGAGCAACCACUGCAGGCACUGGUGAGCUCCCGCCCGGAUGGGAACAACGGACGACGCCCGAGGGCCGGCCGUACUUCGUCGACCACAACACGCGGACGACGACGUGGGUCGAUCCCCGGCGACAGCAGUACAUUCGCAUGUACGGGCACAAUGCUAACGGCGGCAACACAACCAUCCAGCAGCAGCCGGUGUCCCAACUGGGGCCUCUGCCUAGUGGAUGGGAAAUGCGCUUGACGAACACGGCUCGCGUGUACUUUGUGGACCACAACACCAAGACCACCACGUGGGAUGAUCCUCGGCUGCCAUCGUCGCUAGACCAGGGCGUCCCGCAGUACAAGCGGGACUUCCGCCGCAAGCUGAUUUACUUCCGGUCGCAGCCCGCGUUGCGGAUCAUGUCCGGACAGUGCCAUGUCAAAGUGCGGCGUAACAACAUCUUCGAGGACUCGUACGCCGAGAUCAUGCGGCAAAGCGCUUCGGAUCUGAAGAAGCGCUUGAUGAUCAAGUUCGAUGGCGAAGACGGUCUGGACUAUGGUGGUCUCUCCCGUGAAUUCUUCUUCCUUCUCUCCCACGAAAUGUUUAACCCCUUCUAUUGUCUUUUCGAGUAUUCUGCACAUGAUAAUUAUACCCUGCAAAUUAAUCCCCAUUCCGGCGUGAACCCGGAGCACCUGAACUACUUCAAGUUCAUCGGACGCGUGGUCGGUCUGGCCAUCUUCCACCGCCGCUUCCUCGACUCCUUCUUCAUCGGAGCGUUCUACAAGAUGAUGCUGCGGAAGAAGGUCUCGCUGCAAGACAUGGAGGGUGUCGACGAGGACCUGCACCGCAAUUUGACUUGGACUUUGGAGAACGACAUCGAGGGCAUCAUUGAGCUCACCUUCUCGGUCGACGAUGAGAAGUUUGGCGAGCGCACUACGGUCGAUCUGAAGCCCGGGGGCCGGGACAUCCCGGUUACUAAUGAGAACAAGGGCGAAUACGUGGAAUUGGUCACGGAGUGGAAGAUUGUGAAGCGCGUGGAGGAGCAGUUCAAUGCGUUCAUGUCGGGUUUCAACGAGCUGAUCCCGGCCGAUUUGGUCAACGUAUUCGACGAGCGCGAGCUGGAGCUACUGAUCGGCGGUAUCGCGGACAUUGAUGUGGAUGACUGGAAGAAGCACACAGACUACCGUGGGUACCAGGAACAGGACGAGGUGAUCCAGAACUUCUGGAAGAUCGUCCGCACCUGGGAUGCGGAGCAGAAGUCGCGCCUGCUGCAGUUCACCACCGGAACGUCUCGUAUCCCGGUCAACGGAUUCAAGGAUCUGCAGGGCUCGGACGGACCAAGACGGUUCACGAUUGAGAAGUCGGGCGAUCCGAUUGCGCUGCCCAAGUCGCAUACAUGCUUCAACCGCCUGGAUCUGCCCCCCUACAAGACCCACGAUGUUUUGGAGCACAAGCUGUCCAUUGCCGUGGAGGAGACACUAGGAUUUGGACAAGAGUAG